GCGCGGGCGAGCGCCGCGCCUGCGCAGAGCGGGCGGGCCGGUGGCGUGCGUGUUGUUGUGCGGCGGCGGCAAGAUGGCGGCGCACGGGGGCUCGGCGGCCUCCUCGGCGCUGAAGGGGUUAAUCCAGCAGUUCACCGCCAUCACGGGUGCCAGUGAAAGCGUGGGAAAGCAUAUGCUUGAAGCAUGCAACAAUAAUCUGGAGAUGGCUGUCACCAUGUUUCUGGAUGGUGGAGGCAUAGCAGAGGAGCCUAGCACCAGUUCGGCAGGGGUGUCUGCUGUUCGACCGCACACUGAGGAUGAAGUACGAGCUCCAAUUCCUCAAAAACAGGAAAUUUUAGUAGAACCUGAGCCCUUGUUUGGAGCUCCUAAAAGACGCAGACCUGCGCGCUCAAUAUUUGAUGGCUUUCGGGAUUUUCAGACAGAAACCAUUCGACAGGAACAGGAGCUACGAAAUGGAGGGGCAGUAGAUAAGAAACUCACUACUCUAGCAGACCUCUUCAGGCCUCCCAUUGAUCUGAUGCACAAAGGCAGCUUUGAAACGGCCAAGGAGUGUGGUCAGAUGCAGAACAAAUGGCUCAUGAUAAACAUUCAGAAUGUGCAAGAUUUUGCCUGUCAGUGUCUCAACCGUGAUGUCUGGAGCAAUGAGGCUGUGAAGAACAUAAUCCGGGAACAUUUUAUUUUUUGGCAGGUAUACCAUGACAGCGAGGAAGGACAGAGGUAUAUACAGUUUUAUAAAUUAGCAGACUUCCCUUAUGUCUCCAUCCUGGAUCCCAGGACAGGCCAGAAACUAGUGGAGUGGCACCAGCUAGAUGUGACUUCUUUCUUGGACCAAGUGACUGGGUUCCUGGGUGAGCAUGGACAGCUGGAUGGCCAUUCUACCAGCCCUCCCCAAAAAUGCUCUCGUUCAGAGAGUCUCAUUGAUGCCAGUGAGGACAGCCAGCUGGAAGCUGCUAUCAGAGCCUCGUUACAGGAGACGCAUUUUGAUUCCUCACAGGCCAAGCAGGAGAGUCGGUCAGAUGAAGAGUCAGAGUCAGAGCUUUUUUCUGGAAGCGAGGAGUUUAUUUCUGUUUGUGGAUCUGAGGAGGAAGAGGAAUCAGAGAAUCCUGCCAAGUUGAGGAAGUCUCCACACAAGGACUUGGGGUAUAAAAAAGAGGAGAGCCGGAGGCCUCAGCCUGAGCCUCCUGCAAGGACUGAGCCUGGCACAACAUCAAAUCACAGAGUACUGCCCUGCAUUGAUGUGGGGAUACUGGAGGAGUCAACUGACAAGCCUGAAAGUACGUUUCAGAGCCCAGAUGUGAAUGGACCAAAGGCACAGCUGAUGCUAAGGUAUCCAGAUGGAAAGAGGGAACAAAUUUCACUGCCCGAACAAGCUAAACUUCUGGCUCUUGUGAAACAUGUCCAGUCAAAAGGAUACCCCAAUGAACGCUUUGAACUCCUCACCAACUUCCCUCGAAGGAAACUCUCCCACCUGGACUAUGAGAUCACGUUACAGGAGGCAGGCCUGUGUCCUCAAGAGACUGUCUUUGUGCAGGAAAGGAAUUAGCACCGUGGCCUGAGUUCUCCCAGCCUUCCUCCCCUCUCCUUUUUGCCUGGGACACCAACUCGUUAAAUAUGCAGUUGAGGGUCAUAGGAUUGCAGUGCUGAAAUCAGGCAGGCAGCUGGCUGGUCCUUCUCGCUCUUCUUCCCUUCUGCUCUAGUGACCAAAUGAGUGUUCAAAGUUUUAUUUUCUUCCUCAGCUUGGGCCCUGCGGAGAGCAUUGGGAAGAACAUCUUUCCUUUGUUUUCAUGGAAUAAAGUAAAACAAUGAUCUGUGUAUCCAGUAUGCUGGGGCUUGGACUGGCCAUAAUACACACACCCUUCUUGCUGCUAUUCCUAAAUCUGUUUAAUUUAUUUUUGAAAAUAGUGUGUGAUAAGGCACCGAGUCAUCUCUUUGUAAGGAGAGAGUGUAAUCUUCAGUACAGUCUUUCCUUUGUUCUGAUUCUCUACGCAAAAGGUCUCCAUUAACCUUACAGCCUCCUCGGGGGUUUGCUUACCUAGCACUCUGCAAGAACUUGGUUUUGGGGAAGGAGUUGGGUUGAGCUGUGGUGAGAUACUUUGCCCCCAUCUAAUUUAAAGGCUUCUAAAUUGCGAGCAUGUUUUCCUCCUGCUGUAAAUGUUGCCAGUGAACACAGUAAAACAACUAGCCAACUAACCAAAAUUCCGCCCCCCCUCAACUAUACACAGUAUGGGAUGUACUGCCCAGCCCAGAGGGAACGCUGCGUGUCCGCUGUUGCAGCAGAACUGACUCCUUGGUAGAAGUAGGUGGGGGUGGGGUUUCCAUUUGUCCUCUUCCCAACAGCCCCCAAGUGUCUCUCUUUUACUUGCUCUCAGGAUUUUGCAAAUUAAGAUGGAACGUGGCAGGAUGCUGUAAAAAUCUUGGACUCUCUGGACAACACCUGUCAUAAAAAAAAAAAGACUUGACAGCUAGCUGGCUUGCUUUCCCUCUGCGUGGUGUUUUGUUUUCCCCAGGAGUGGAUAGCUUUGCAGGGGUGUUAGAGCACCGACUGCAGCUCAGCAAGACGGCAAGUCCUAAAUGGGUUUUCUCUCAUUAAUUAAAAACAUACACAGCCUUGUCAAACUGUGGAACAAAUUAGUGCUUUAUAAAAAGACUUCACAGUCUGGUGAUUUCAGUGCUCUAGGCUGCUUUUUAUUCUGUUUUCCUGUUCAUCUGCCAUCACUUACCUCUAAAUCUGGAAGGCUGUAUGGAAAGCCCCUCCUUUUUUAGGCUUUGUUUUCGGCUCUGGAAGCCGGCACCAGGCGCCAUGCAGGCGUAUCCUGCGUGUACGCUGGGCUGUGCGGAGUGCCCUAGUUUUCCGGUGUCUUCUCUAGACGUUGAGCUGGUGAUCGGUUGGUGUUACAGUAGGUACCUUAACUUACACGGCCGUCCUUGAGGCUGAUGUCAGAUUUGUGUAUUUACAACUAAGAACUCAGUUCAGCAUGCUCUUCAUCGGUGAGGAAGAAAGCACGUGAGACCUGCCAUAGCUGCCAUCUUGUUCUGCAACCGUCAGGUGAUCAUACUUGUUAAAGAAAAAGACUUAGUGGUCAGAAAGUUAACCAUGGACUAAAACUUUUCAAGAAAUUUUGCCUUUAAUUUUGUAUUAGCCUGUAUACUUUGGAGUCUUUAAAUGUAGGAAAUCACAGAAAAUGUCUUGCAUUCCCCAUGGUAAUACUGGCUCGCAGCUGUCUUCUGCUCAUAAUUGAGGUUUUUCAUAUGAUCAUACAGUUGUAUAAAUUGAUUUCCCCUCUAAGCAAAAGCUUAUUUUGCUUUUCUACUGCAGGAUGCAGUAUCAGGAAAGCAAAAUCUGAUUGCAGCGUCCUGAUCAAUGGUUAAUGAGAGAUCAGAUGGCAUUUUUCAUUUGCAAAGAGACCUUGUUGUGGAGGCUGCUUCCCAGCAUUGGAAUGUGAAUUCCAAUGGAACGUGGCAGGAUACUGUAACAAUCUUGGACUCUCUGGGCAACACCUGUCAUAAAAAAAAGACUUGACAGCUAGUUGGCUUUCUUUCCCUCUGCGUGGUGGGGAGGGAUGUUGGUGUCUGGUCUGCAAAGCAGCACUGGCACCUCCAGACUGAAGGAUGCUUUGUGGUUUUUAGGAUAACCAAAUUAAACUUGGGCAUGCAAGAGCGUGGGACAAAAGGAAACCCUUUCCAUGUAGGUCUUAAUGCUUCCCUGACUAGCUUCAUCUGUCGAGUUGAAGUAACUCGCUCUGAUAGUCUUUGCCUUGAAACUCGUUGCAUCUUCUCUGGUUAGCAGGCUGCCAACAGGAUGCAGUGCUCGGCACUUGUACAGCCAUGGUCCUUUUGCGUCCCUCGGGCAGGCCAGGAUGGGAGCGCGCUGACCUUCCCUGCUGUCCUGCCUGUUCUUCCAGCGUAAGGCAGGGAGCCUUUGUGGUUCCAGUGGUUCCUCUUUCGAGUUGUUGCUGGUUGGCUGUGUUUGUGGUGGAGGGCCAACUGGAUUUGGGCAGGCUUGGGUUUGUAUCUGCUCUGGGAACGUUGUUUCACGUCAAUUUUUCUAGCAGUUGAGUUAGACAUAGAAAACGGCCCAGGUCUGUUUUAUUAGUAGCUUCUCUUCUUCCCCCUGCCCCUCCCCAGUUUGGGUGGGACUAGACUGUGAUAUGUCGAAGCAAUCUGACAUAAAAUAACAGCUGUAUUAGCAGUGGGGAAGAGGGGGGGCUGCACAGGGGGCAAGAGCCUGAACUUCUUCCAUCAGUUCUGCUGCUGGAGAGAGCGCACUGUGCGCUCCCAGUCUGUGACCCGUCCUUUCUUACCCCUCUUCCAGAGCAAAGGGUGUGAGCCACGGAGCGGUGGGCAGCUGACAGCUCCUUUCUUCUCUGCUCAGCUCUUGGGAAAGGAGUAACUUUACACUUACCUUGCUAUCCAAACCAAAUCUAGGAGCCCGAGGUUUUAGUUGCUUUUGUUACGUUCACUGACCUCUCUCACGGGGAAGCAAACAUCGCAUUUGGCUGCAGCAGGUUUAUUUUUAAGCCAUCAAGAACCAUGCCUCUCAAGCAUGGUAAAUGGUUUUGGCUGCUGGUGUAAUGGAACCAGGAGGUUUUAUGCUCUCGCUUAAUUUUUAUUUUCUUUCCUGAGGCUUUAUUUUUUUUUUUAAAAAAAACCUAAUCUUUUUAUAACCUAACAGAGAAAGAAGAAUGUGAAAUUGAAGGUUUAUGUUGAAAAUGGCAUUUUGCUUCCAUCUCAGUUUCUAGUAGUUUUUUUCUGUUCCAAGAAAUUACAAGCCUGGUUUUUGUUUUGUUUCUCUUGUGCAAUGUAGGGGUGGGUGGGGUGUCAGUCUUCUUUUGCUUUGGUUUGUGAGCAGGAGGCAGAGGAAACAACUUUUAAGGAAUAUGCAUCUCUGCAUGUAGCUGUUCCUUCUUCCCAACUCAAAACAAAACCAGUGCUGCAGCGGAUGCGUCAGUCAGCUGUGCUGCGCUGGCUGAAAGCUGUUAAGAAAUGGGACCAGCCAGGAUUCAACCUCUUCAUAUCUUCGUCCAUGUUGAAGCCCUUUGGAGUUCGGAGGAAUGUUGCUGAAAACAUUAAGUUCUGCUUGUGACAGCUUGCAGCAGUGAAGGUGUAAGCUAGUUGGGCUCUGUUGCUAAAGAGCCUUUGUUAUAGUUGCUUCUAGGUGUUAAUUCUGAAGUUCAAAUUGCUUUUGACAAGGUUGGGGGAAAAAAAGCCUUAAAUCUCUGAUUGCAGAAUAAGAUUUUGAAAUGUGAAGGACAAAGUAAAAAAAAAAAAAAAAAAAGAAUCCUCCAAAAGCUGUGGUUUGUGGCUUCCUGUGGAUGUUGCUUGGCCACAGUUUGUGUGUUGUGUUGCAAGGACUGCCAUGAAUUUGAAGGAGCAGAAGUGCAUGUAGGCAGUGGAAGUCUUUCCGGGUAGAAAGCUGAAGAGAGCGAACGUGUUUCAAGCUGUAGCUUCUUGCUGCUUGUGGCAAAGUUUCCUUUGCAUGUGCUCUUCAUCUAACAGUGCUUUGUUUUGGCGUUCAAAUGUCUUAACUGUAGCUCACAGUCCAGCCAGUAUUCAGAAAUGGAAGGCAAAAUGAGCACUGGGUUUCCCUGCCAGGUGCUGUUGACACAUUUACUGUUGGCUUCCCACUUGUGAUCUUUCAGAGGCCCAGAGGAGGAUUUCAGGUCUUUCUGAUGAUACAUACCCUUAUGCCAAGCUGGUAGGCCAGCUUCAACCUCACAGCAUUCCCUUUCGACAUACAGAGAGCAGAUAAAGGCCAUGCCAAACAUUUCUGGGUGUACUUGCAUUAUUUUCAUUAAGCUUUGAAUUAAGGUCUGCGGUUUUUACUUUUCUGACGUUCGUGGACUGAAGUAUGUUGCCCUUCUUGAUAAAUAAGGUAAGUUGACAACACCAAUAUUAAAGAAAUGUCCAUGUGUGUGCCUAACAGCAUUGUAAAACAUAGUUAGGCGUCUAAAGGUACCAUUGUUCCUGGGUGGAUUUAAACAGCAAUUUUACAUCCGCAUACUUUCCAGAGCUCACUAGAUCUGCUCCCUUGCCAUUACAGGAGAGUAACCCCUCUUGUCUGUAAAGCAUGUCCGUUGUUCGCUGCUGCAAACAGCUUGUGUUUCAUGUGGUCCAAUACUUUCGUAGCCUCAUUUUUUAAAGACUACCAAAUUUAUAUACUCACCUGCACCAGCUUAUACCAGUUUCCACUUUUACUGGUGCUGUGGUUUGUACCCUUGCAGAAAUGGGCAGCUGGUUUUAUUACGUUUCAAUAAAUAAACCUCACUGCUGAAGGGCCUGCCUUCUCAAAUUUCUGUUCUUGCCAGAGCACUGAGCUUAUUCGCAGGGAUUCAAGAGCAACAAGGGCUAAACUAAAAGCGGUUUUCUUUUGGGGGCAAGGCAUCACUCAGGCUGCCUUUCGUUAGGUACCAAAUGCUGCAGGGAUGCAUAAAAGGUGGUAUUUGUGUUCUCUAAACAUCUAGAAACAGAUAACGUAGAGACCCAUGUGAGAACGUCUGCGGGAAUGGGAAGAUGCAUGUCAUUUCAGGAACUUGCCCCGUAAUUUUUAAUCCCUUAGUUUUUAGUAAAUGUCACAACUUUCUCCUUGUUCAGUCCCUUUCUAGUCAAGUUAGUAAGAAUAGGUAGUACUGUAUGUCAAGAGGAGAAGGGAUAGCAGAGAGAUGCUUUAGGUGGGUGAAGCAGAAAAUCUCAGUCCCGCGAAGGCUGGGUGUGCCUUGUUUAGCGGUUUUGAUAGAUGGGAGUGCCGCCUCUCCUCUCCUUCCAGCCUUUCUAUUUAUUUAUUUGAACAGGAAUUAUUUUCUAUAAAUGGAACAGCUACUGUUGUAGAGGCAAAACAGAUGUCAUGUGUUGAGCCCUGUGCUGGCGAUCUGCACUGUUGGCAAUACCUGCAGUCGCAGGUUUGGGGUUUGUCUGAACACGUUUGGUGACCGGCUUUGGUUGACAUCUGCAAAGACCGUCUUGCUGAGGUUUUCUCUGUCCCAACCCAAGAUCUUGGCGCAGUUUGGUCAUGCUCUGCUAGCUGCUCCUGAGCCGGCAAGGUUAAUGGACACCCUUUCUGUGGUGAUGUACAGGAUGACUUUUAUUCCUGACUCCUCUUGUCCGUGAGAUGCUUAGUGUCUGUCUGCUCCCAAUAAAUAUAGCCAUGUGUAUGUACAUACACACACACACACUCAUGGUUUUAUUCAGAGAAUUCGGCACGUAACAUCAGUGCCUCAGCUUGGCUCGGUUUUAUCUUCUGGUGUUUUACAUGGGUAUCUUAUGAGUGAGUGCAGACGUUUGGGAUUCGGUCGGUCUUUGAUUACUGUGAGUGUCUGCAGGACAGAGAGAAGCAAUUUUCUAACUGCUUGUUACAUGGUCCUGAGACCUCAAGCUAUAGGAGGAUAGGCAGUAGAUGGAGCAGGGGGGCGAGGUGCUAUUUUGUAGAACGGAUUUAUAUGAAGAACAUCUGAGUAAAACUUGACUCGGAGACAUGGUGCCUCAUCAGAGACAGCAGACUAUAGGAGAGGUGAUUUUUUUAAAAAUGAGGCAGUUCCCUCUAAUUGGUGAACAUAACAGUUUCAAAAUUAGGAUGUUGCCUGUCGGUUUUUACCAUAGUCACUUUCUUCAAUGACGGUGACUUCAUAUGGGAGGAGGGAGAGGAUUAAUUUGGCAGAUUUCAGCUCAGUGUGCUGGGAGGGACCAAACUCAAGGAAACCUCUGAUCUAUAUACACAACUGCUGCAUUUUUUUAUAAAUAUAUGUAAAUGUCCUAUUGUAAUAUUUGAUCCUGGAAAUAAAACUGUUUUCAGUA